AUGUCCAUGAUUGCUGUUGUUGGAUUUUGGCUGGAUCAAAAUGCUACUCUACGACAUGGGCUACUAGCUCUGAGGAAAAUGCUGGGAGCACAUACUGGUGAUAACCAGGGGUCUCUAGUCUGGGGAGUUAUUACCGAGUAUAAAAUUGAAAAAAUACUCGGAUAUUUUACUCUAGAUAAUGCUAGUAAUAAUGUUACAGCAUUGGACUAUAUUGGAGUGCAAAUCAAUUCCAGUUAUGAGAUCCAACUCAAUAACCCUGUCUUCAAUACUCAAAGCCGGUUCAACAGAUGCUAUGGUCAUAUUUUGAACCUAGUAGUCAAGGUGUUUCUCUAUGGCAAAAAAUCCUCCAGGCUGGCCAACAAUCGAGUGGAAAAAGACAGUAUUGAGCAAGAGAACCGUGAAGUGGAAGAGUGGAGGAAGGUUGGACCUUUAGGGAAAUUAAGGAAUAUUACUGUUUGGAUUCAGAGAUCCCCACAGCGACGGGCCGCUUUUGCGGAAUUGGUGGAGAAAAUGAUGGCUGGUUCUGGGAAACAGGCCAGGCAAUUGAUAUUGGGCAAUGUUACAAGAUGGACGGGUGAUUAUGACGCACUUUCUCGAGCUCUUGAAUUCCGGCAAGCAAUUGAUUUGCACUUUCAAAUGCUCAUCAUGGAUGAUCCUAAAAUAACAAUCUCCAAUGAUCGCAUAACUUCAGAUGACUGGUCAGUACUGCAAACAAUUUCCGGAAUUUUAGAGCCAUUCAGGGAAGAGACUCUUGCUCUGGAGGGAAAUAAAGCUCAGGGUUCGCUUUAUGAAGUUUACCCAUCACUCCAGGCAUUAACAAAUCAUCUUGCACAAACAAAAUCCAACCUUGCCCUUCAACAUUCCCCUCUACAAAGAUCACUGUAUCUAGCAAUCGAAAAGUUCAAUAAGUAUUAUUCCCUUGAGACACUCUCACCUAUUCUUUGUGCUGCCAUCAUUUUGAAUCCAAACAUGGACAACUUCUUUGCCAGUGAAUCCGGUUGGGGUGGGCGUCCAGAUUGGGUAUCUCAUGCGAAGUAUCUUGUUCGUCAGCUCUGGAUUACCAAUUACAAGUCAUUAUCAUUACACCAACAAAAGAUUUCUACUCCAGAUUCACCAAGAAGAAAUCAAAACCCGGCAGCCAUGGGCCCACCAAAAUCAGUACGCAGCUUCAAAAAGCCAAAAGUUUCUCCAAGAAUAGACAUGGAUGAAAUGGACCAUUAUUUGCGAUGGUGUGAGCAUAAUGAGGACGAAUUAGAGAAUCCUAUUCAGUGGUGGAUUAGCAAAAAGCCAACAUAUCCCAAGCUAUCUAUUUUUGCUCUGGAUACUUUUUCUGUACCAGCAAUGGCAGCGGAGUGUGAGAGAGUUUUUAGCAGUGCAAAGCAUCAAAUUACCGACUGCCGUAAUAGAUUAUCUGAAGAUAUAAUUGAAUCAGGAGAGUGUCAGAAAUCAUGGGCAAGGUCAAGCCUGAUAGCUUUCAAGGUAGCUGAUGAAAUGAGUAAAACAUUGGAAAAAGCGGAGCAAGAUGCUUUGGUAUUGGAAACAAUAUCCAAUUAG